GACUCCAUUUGGAUCAUGACCCAGAUUGAAAUAUGACUCUGGUCUGAUGUAUGGCCCAAAACAUUGUUCAGACUUGGGUCUUCGGGUUGCUCGUUGCGGGGGUUUGGCCGGCGCGCAUAGUGAUAAUAGCUGUCAAGUAGCCGUUACGUUGCUGAUAUUGACAGUUGACUUUCUCCAACUCCAAAAGCAUUUACACGAUGUCGUUUUGAUGCCGAAGAAAGAAGAAUUGUCUUUUUCCUCCAUUGACGCUUGCCUUCCAGUUCCAUGUUCUCCUUCUUCUUGCCUUCUCUCUCUGAACCGCAAUGGCUGCGAAAGCUUCAACCGUCUCUCCAUCGCAAACCCUAAACGCCCCAACGCAAUGAAAGCCCAAAUAAAAAGACUUCCUGAACCAUCUCGAAGCUUACCUCGCUUAGCGAGACGGCGUCUACAAGCCCGCAAAAUCUUUCGUUACGCUACCAAGUACCAAGAUCAUAUUAGUCGAAAGGUUCAACUAAGUAGCCGUCUCAAGAGCUUCGAGUCAAGCGUCGGACUGAGUCGGAAAGCAUUUCGACUCGGGAAAUUCGUUCAGCACAUCAACGCUUUGAGAAAUUAACUCCAAUUUGGAUGUUUAAGCAAGAGAUUUCACCACAAUUAUGGCCUAGGGUGGCGAGGGUUUGAACUAUUUCAUUGAACGGUUUAUUUGGUUGGCUAAAUCAGGAUUAAUCAACGCUAGACAUUCCCGCAAUUUACAAGAGAUAAGUGCUUGGGCUGAGUUUCUUGGGUACAUCGGAAGUAUAAGCCAUAAGUUUAGGUUUAAAGAUGAUAUAAUGAGGAUGAGGCGUGUUUGGAAUCGAGAGGAGUUGGUGUAAGGAAGAAGAUGAAAGGAAGAGGAAAUUGAGAGAAAAGAAAUUGAUGAAGCAAACUUUCAGUUGUUCAAGAUUUGGCUGAUGUGUUAAUGGCAUUGGCUGAUAGUCAAGACGGUAAAGGAAGCUUUGACAUAAGUUAAAUUCGAUCUCGUUUGUUAUCAUGCAUGAAUGUUUGGAGUGACGCGAGUGUUAGAACCAGGGCUGUUUUUGAGGCAUUCUAUUUGUAGACUCAAUUCUCCAGCCUGAGCCCAAGGUUUACUCAA